UAUUUUACAGUGAGUUAAUUAAUCUAUUAAAAUUAAAAUCAAUUCCUUGCUUCGUCCCAGAAACAAUCGGCAUUAUCCCGCGAAUUUGAAAUAGGAGCGAGUCUCGCGCGUUCUCCUCUACCAAACUCGGCGACGGGCCCUCCCCACCUACCCCGUCUCGAUGAUUAGACGAAAUGGGAAGGGAUGUGACGGCGCCAUAUUGGGUCCGUCCGUCUACGGUGCGCCGUGCCGCGUCAGUCGCCCGAUGAUUGCGACCGUAUGCACGUCGCACGCACGAGCCAUGAAUUGAGCUCGCGUACGCUCGUGCCGCGUCGUCGUUUUACCUUUUUUUUUAAAUUUAUUUCGUUGCGCGCGCUUUUUUUAUUUUACAUUUUGCACCCGCGCGGAACAAAUUCGAAGUUCUUUAUUCGGCGAAAUCUAACGGGAGUGUGGAGCCUUGGGAGGAUACACGUAAUAACAUAUAUAUUUGCGUGCAAAGUGCGUGCCUCUGUGACACCUCUUUUCCUCUCUCUCUCUCUCCCUCUCUCUUUAAAGGAGCACAGGUGAAAGACAGCAAAAAAUAGAGAGAAGCAGACAAGACAAAAAAAAAGAAGGAAAGAAAAAGAGAGAGAGGGACCACGGCGUGCGAUGGCUGUGCGGCCACGCAUCGUCCCUUCCGGUGGUGAACGCGCUUCCGGAAGUGUCGAGUACCUCACCGGGAUAUCCGUUGUGCGAUGGACCGCCAGGAAUACGCUUGUCGUCGCGGCGGCGUUUGCCGUCCUUCUCGGCGUCACCGAUGUCGUGGCCAUCAGAUCGGGCGAUGGCUGCGGGAAUAACAUGUUCAGGUGCAACGAUGGCAAAUGUAUACAGUCGAUUCUGGUGUGCGAUUACCGUGGAGACUGUGACGACAACAGCGAUGAGAUGCAGUCGUGUCCGCCACCCGAUUGCGAGAUCGGCCAGAUCACGUGUGGCCAAUACAGUUUCAACAAAACAUACUGCAUACCUCCGCAUCAACGAUGUGAUAUGACCGUCGAUUGUGUCGACGGCACUGAUGAAGACGGUUGUACAUACAGAAAGUGUCAGCCAGAUGACUUUAGGUGCGUUGGAACCACACCGGAACUUUGUAUACCCAAAGAAAAGAAAUGCGAUGGUUAUUUGGACUGCCGAAACGGCAGGGAUGAGGAAAGAUGCGAAAAUAAUAUGAAACCGGCUUGCCGAUUGGAUCAAUUCAGGUGCAACACCACGCAACGCUGCGUCGAGCAGAGUGCGAGGUGCAAUCACUGGGACGACUGCGGUGACAACAGUGAUGAGGAACAUUGUAGUUUUCCACCUUGUACCAGCGACCAAUUUCGAUGCGCAAAUGCACUUUGCAUUCCUCUUGCAUAUCAGUGCGAUGGUUAUAAAGACUGCCAAGAUGGUUCCGACGAGAAGUCUUGCACAAUGACAGUCUGUCCAGGAAAUAAGUUUAUGUGCCCGAAAGGUGCACCGGAUGGAAAGCCAUUAUGCAUAAAUCGAUCUCAGCUGUGUGAUGAAAAACAAGAUUGCGAGGACGGGGCGGAUGAGGAAGCAGCAUGUUCGACGAGUAUGUGCGGCUCACUUGGUUGUCAACAUAAAUGUCAAGCAUCUCCAACCGGAGGGACCUGUUACUGUCCAGAAGGAAGAGUUCUCGCCAACGAUUCGCGAACUUGCAUUGAUCGAGACGAGUGCUCCGAAUGGGGCUUCUGCGAGCAGCUAUGUGAGAAUACUGAUGGUUGGUACAUGUGCCACUGUGCGCCCGGUUACACUCUUCAUGGACACAACAAAUGUCGCGCCCAGAACAUCUCCGUCCUGGAACUUCUACUCGCCCAAGACCGUGCAAUAUGGCAACUGAGCGCAACCGGCGAAGACCGGAAAAUAAUAGCGAAUACUACUGGCGCAAGCGGGGUCGAUUACCUGUACUCACGAAAUCUACUCUUCUGGAGCGAUAUGAAGACGCGGAAGGUUCAUUCGGAAUCCCUCAAUGUUGGCAGCGAUACUCCAGCUAAGGUAGAUAUCAGCAUGGCGGGAUCUUGGGGGCCCGUGUCCAUCGCGAUAGAUUGGAUCGGCGACAAGCUCUACGUGGCGGAUUCUAUUGUACAAAAAGUGGACGUAUUUGAACUGGACGGACGUUAUCACGGAAUCGUAGUGGGUUCCAAUCUCACUAGCCCGUCUGACAUCGCGCUGGAUCCUACGCGAGGCCUCAUGUUUAUCGCUGACAGCAAACAGGUCCUGCGUACUAAUAUGGAUGGUACUAACGCGUUUCCCGUUGUCUCCGAAGCAGCCUACAAAGUUUCCGGCGUGGCUGUUGACAUCAUUGCCAAAAGGAUCUACUGGUGUGACUCCCUACUGGACUACAUCGAAACGGCGGACUACCGAGGUCACAACAGAGUGAUGAUUCUCAGAGGUUCUCAAGUGCCAUCCGCAAUCAGACUUACGCUAUUUGAGAACAGGAUAUAUUGGACGGACGGCACCAAGCAAGCUAUUAUGAGCGUCGAUAAGACUCAGGGAGAUUAUUCUAUUCAAAGUGUAUUUAAGGUACGUGACGCCAAAGCUAUAAAAGCCUUGCAUCCACUCGUGCAACCUAGCGUCCCUAAUCCCUGCGGCAAUAAUAACGGUGGCUGUCAACACAUGUGCAUCGUCACGGCCUCUAGCGAUCAGAACAAUCGAUUAGGCUAUCGCUGUGCUUGUCAUAUUGGAUGGCGAUUGGCAAGUGACAUGAGGAAUUGCAACUUGGUGCAGGAAUUUCUCAUGUAUUCGCAGCAAAGGUUUAUUAAAGGCCGUGUACUCAAUCCCGUAAUGGAAGGCUUUAGUGAUGCUAUUCUACCAGUGGUAUCCAGGCGGGCUCGAUUUGUUGGAUUAGACUACGAUGCACAUGACCAGUAUAUCUAUUACAGUGAUGUUCUUCAGGAUGUCAUAUACAGAGUACACCAGAACGCAACUGGACGUGAAAUUGUCCUGGCUAGUCAAAACGAAGGGGUAGAAGGACUCGCAGUCGAUUGGGCUGCGAAGAACUUGUACUACAUCGAUUCACGCAAAGGCACACUCAACGUGCUCAGUACUCGAAAUGUCACAUAUCGACGAACGUUACUAAAGAAUUUGAAACGUCCUCGCGCAAUUGUAAUCCAUCCGAACCAGGGUUACAUUUUCUUUUCUGAAUGGGACCGACCGGCGAACAUUAGCAGAGCUCACGCUGACGGUUCUAAUCUGGUGGUCUUCAGAAAUCUAACUUUGGGCUGGCCAAAUGGUCUGGCGAUCGACUUUAUCAAAGAUCGAUUAUACUGGUGCGAUGCUCUUCUAGAUCAUGUACAGCACUCAAAUUUGGAUGGCACAGACGUACGAACAGUAAACUCCAGGUUGAUUAGACAUCCAUUUUCCAUCGCUAUCCACGAAAACUGGAUGUACAUCACUGAUUGGCGUCUCGACGCGAUUAUUCGGCUGCAUAAGGAAACCGGUGAGCAGGAAGCUAUCUUGGUUCGUGAGCCCGCUACCAACAGACUUUAUGGUGUGAAGGUCUUUAGCCGUGAUAUCCAGAAAACAACAAAUACUCAUCCAUGUACCAUUAACAACGGCGGCUGUGAAAAACUUUGUUUUGCUGUUCCGGAUAACUCUUCACGUCCCGAUAGUAUUACAUUCCCCGGCAUGCAAUCCAUGCCAAAGCUCACUCAGAUGUGCGGAUGUCCUUAUGGAGAACGUCUUCAGGACAAUGGCAGAAGUUGCGCAGCGGAUCCUGAUGGGGAACCGCCUUUGCAAGCGUGUCCACAUACUUGGGAUUUUACUUGCGCAAACCAAAGAUGUGUCCCGAAAUCUUGGGUGUGCGAUGGCGAGAAUGACUGUCUCGACAAUAGUGACGAAAUGCAAAACUGUACAAAACCAACGUGCAACGCAAAUGAGUUUCAAUGCAAAUCUGGUCGCUGCGUGCCGAUGACAUUUCAUUGCGAUUCCGAGAACGAUUGUGGAGAUUAUAGCGAUGAGAUGGGUUGUCCGAAUGUGACCUGCAGCGCCAAUCAAUUUGCUUGCGCCAAUAAUCGUUGCAUCCCUGCAACUUGGAAGUGCGAUUCCGAAAAUGACUGUGGUGACAGUUCCGAUGAGGGCGAGUUUUGUGCAGCGAAAACUUGUUCGUACUUUCAGUUUACUUGUCCACGCUCCGGUCAUUGUAUACCAAAGUCUUGGGUAUGCGACGGUGACAGCGAUUGCUUCGAUCAACAGGACGAGAUGGAUUGCCCACCGGUUACUUGUCUCAGUACGCAAUUUACGUGCGCGGAUCAAAAGAUGUGUGUCUUAGCAUCGUAUAAAUGUGACGGUAUUAGUGAUUGCAAUGAUGGAUCAGAUGAAGUAGGAUGUCCAUCAUUAGCACCAGAUCAGUGCAAUGUCGAUAAACAGUUUCAGUGUGUUAGUUCAGCUAUUUGCAUACCGAGAAGCUGGUACUGCGACGGUACCGCGGAUUGUCCGGACAAAUCCGACGAACCAGAAUCAUGCGGAAAGGUUGAUUGCCAGACUGGAUUUUUCAGAUGCCGAAACGAAAGAUGUGUAUUCAAGGCAUAUAUCUGUGAUGGAAAAGAUGAUUGUGGAGAUGGAUCUGAUGAAGACACCGAACUGCACGCAUGCGGUCCCGCUACAUUCAAGUGCGAUUCCCAACAAUGGAAGUGUCCGAACGUAACAAAUCGUUGCGUAAAUAUAACCAGCGUAUGCGAUGGCAAAAGAGACUGUCCUAAUGGAGCCGACGAGGGACCCGGUUGUGAUCUCGCCGAAUGUAGCCAUCAAGGUGGAUUAUGUACCAAUGGUUGUUUUCAAACUCCGCUUGGUGCACAAUGCACCUGUCCAACCGGUGAAGAACUCAACAGUGACGGCUUAACGUGUCAAGAUAUAAACGAAUGCGAACCGCAAGGAAGAUGUUCACAGGUCUGCGUGAAUACCAAAGGCAGCUAUUAUUGCAGCUGUGUAGAUGGUUACUCGUUAGAUGCAGAUAAACAUACGUGCAAAGCGUUCAAUCAUAGUGCCGCGUUUUUGAUUAUCUCGAAUAGACAUACUAUUUUGGUAGCUGAUCUUCAGGAUCAAGCUUUGGAACGAGUUCCCAUCAACGUAGAGAAUGUUGUUGCGACUGCCAGUAACAUGCACACGGGCACUAUCUUUUGGUCGGACAUGAAGUUGAAGCGAAUUUCACGAUUAGAUCGUGGUAGUGAUCCUCAAGACAUUAUCAGUACUGGUUUGGACUUGGUAGAAGGUUUAGCUUACGACUGGAUUGGCCAGAAUCUGUAUUGGUUAGAUUCGAAGUUGAAUACAAUCGAAGUAGCUAAGGAAACUGGAUUUGGAAGAAUGAUUCUUGUUAAAGAAAAUAUUACGCAGCCACGUGGAAUGUGUUUAGAUCCUAGUCCAGGUACGAGAUGGCUCUUCUGGACCGACUGGGGUGAAAAUCCUAGAAUCGAAAGAAUUGGAAUGGAUGGUACCAAUCGAUCGACUAUCAUCAGCACAAAGAUUUAUUGGCCUAACGGUUUAGCUCUGGAUAUUGCGAAUCGCAGAAUAUAUUUCGCAGACAGCAAGCUAGACUUUAUUGAUACUUGUCUCUAUGAUGGCAGCAAAAGACUUCAGGUUCUAGCUAGCUCGCAUUAUCUCCUACAUCCCCAUUCGCUUACUCUUUUUGAAGAUACUAUGUAUUGGACCGAUAGGCAACUUAAUCGGGUACUUUCCGCACACAAGUUUAAAGGCUCUAAUCAGACUGUGGUCUCGCACUUAAUUUCGCAACCUCUUUCCAUACACGUACAUCAUGCAGUACUGCAACCAAUUACUGCGAAUCCUUGCGCUAAUACAACCUGUGAACAUUUAUGUCUUCUGUCGCCUAGUAAUCCAAAGGGAUACAGUUGUAAAUGUCAGGUUGGAUUUAAAUUGCUACCUGACGGACGCUGCAUGGAAGAAGAGACACCAUACUUAAUGGUUCUUCGAGGUUCUCAAAUUGUUGACGUUUCUUUGACGCCUAAAGAAAGUAAGACUGGAUAUAUCACGCCUAUCGUAGGUGUAGAAGGCGGAAGAUUUAUCGAGUAUGAUAGAAGAAAUCGUCUCAUUUACUGGUUGCAAGGCAAAGAUGGCGACAACGAAAAUGGCACGAUUUAUACCAUUCCUUAUAACGGUGGCAAUCGGACAGAGUUUCCAAAUCCUGCCGGCGAUACUGGUAUUGUCGGUUCACCAUCCACUAUGGCGUUGGAUUGGCUUGGACGCAAUAUGUUCAUUGGGAACAAAUUUGCAUCUAAUAUUGAAGCUAUUAAAUUAGAUGGCAAGACUCGAUUUCGUACAAUCGUUUUGUCAAACGAUGGAAAUCGAACUUCAGUAUCUAAACCAAAGGCAAUGUGUGUGGAUCCUAUCGAUGGACAAGUGUUUUGGGUAGACGACGGAGGUUUCGGAGUACCACAGAAGAUCGGACGGGUGAACAUGGACGGCAGCAAUCCGUUAGUUCUCGCAGAGAAUCUAGAACGCCCUGAAGCAAUUACUAUCGAUAUACCUAGCAAGACGUUAUACUUUUCCUGCCAGAAUCCAGCUUUUAUCAAAGCCAUGACAACAGACGGUCUGAAUGUCCGUACAAUUCUUACGGCGGCAAAUAACAUGGCUUUGCCUAAAGCCAUAGCUGUUCAUGAGUCUCGUUUGUACUACUUGGAUCCGCUUUAUGAUAAGAUUGAGCGUGUCGAUUUACCUAACGGCGAUAACCCAACCAUUAUUAUUGAUAACGAUUCUGAGCUUCGUACUCUAACCAUUUAUAAGAAACGUGCGACUGGAUCGCAUCCUUGUCUCAUAAACAACGGUGAUUGCGAACAACUUUGCUUACCCGCGUCUGGUGGUACACGCGUUUGUGCUUGCGGGAUGGAAUAUAAGAAAGUUACCGAAACUCGAUGCGAACCUUAUAAAACUUUUGCUGUGGUAACUCAGUUGGAUGUUGCUAGAGGCUACAGUCUCAAGGAUUCCAAGGAAGCCAUGAUACCUAUUACAGGAGUUGGCCAUCAUAUUCUCCAUGUUGACGUACAUUAUGCAGGCAAUUGGAUAUAUUGGGUAGAAUUUAAUCGAGGAAUUUGGAAUGGUAUCUUUAGAAUACGACCCAACGGCACGGAAUUGCAACAGGUAGUCAAACAGGGAAUUGGUUCUAAUGGAAUUCGUGGUCUAGCUGUAGAUUGGAUUGCAGGAAAUUUAUACUUUGCUAAUGUCUUUCCUCAUGACAAUUAUGUAGAGGUCUGCUGGUUAGAUGGUUCCAAUCGAAAGGUGCUUGUGAAAACGACAACGGAUGCUCCUCGGGAGCUAGCAGUAAAUCCUAUUAAACGAUACUUGUAUUGGAUCGAUUAUGGACAAUAUCCUCGAAUAGGCAAAGCCUUCCUUGACGGUAGUAAUUGGUCCCCUAUUGUGACGUCGGGUAUUAGUACACCGCGCGAUUUAACGAUCGAUCUUGCGACACACGAUGUUUAUUGGGUGGACUCGAAAUUGGAUACUAUACAGAAAGUGUCCUACACCGGUGGAAACCGAGAAAUUAUUCGUCGAAAUUUACCAAAUCCAAUGGGCGUUGCCAUUUUUGGUGGAGAUGUUUACUGGGUAGAUCGAAAUUUGGCCACAGUUUUUAAGGCGAGCAAAUUUAAAGGCAAUACCAGCCUUCCUAUUUCUGUCAGAACAAAUUUACAAAAAUUGAGAGAUAUUGCUAUCUUUGACCAAAACAGUCAACCACCGGAUAUCACAAAUCCUUGCUCGCAGGUAACAAAUGGCGGAUGCUCUCAAUUGUGUUUUGCUUUCCCGAAAGACAAUCCUAAAUCGUUUACUUGCGACUGCGCAGUGGGUAAACUCUCGUCUGACGGUCGCACCUGUGAAAAUAUUGAAGAAUAUUUGGUAUUUGCUACACGAACGGAAAUUCGUGCCAUUAAUCUAGAUCCCCAUAACACUAACGUACCUUUUGCACCUGUUGGAAACCUAACAAAUGUAGUGGGAGUGGACUUUGAUUAUCAGGACAAGAAGUUGUUAUUUACCCAGAUUCGCCCUUGGGCAAAGAUUGCGUGGACGCCAUCGGAUCGGCCGUCUUCUUCCGAUUUACAUACACUAAUCAGUAAAGGCAUUAAUCCUGAAGGUAUUUCAUAUGACUGGACUCAGAAGAAGGUUUAUUGGACGGAUUCGUCAAACAACAGCAUCUAUGCGAUGGACAUUGAUGGAUCUAACUUGGUAAUGAUUGCACGCGUGGAUCGUCCACGUGCCAUUGUUGUCGAUCCCUGCAACGGCUCACUUUACUUCACGGAUUGGGGUCGUUUUGGCACAUCCGGAAAGAUUUUCAAGACAACUAUGGCGGGAUCACUAAAACGCGCUAUUAUUGACAAAGACCUUUCGCAACCCAGUGGUUUAGCAAUUGAUUACGACGAUCGGAUGCUGUAUUGGACCGAUGCCGUACGUGAGAAGAUCGAACGGUCUGAUCUUGAAGGAAAGAACAGGGAGGUUCUAGUUAGCGCUACUAUCUAUCCCUUCGCUAUCACUGUUUUUAGAGGGCAUAUUUAUUGGACGGAUCUUCAACUUCGUGGAGUAUACCGAGCGGAGAAGCAUACUGGAGCAGACAAAAUGGAGCUGGUUAAACGAUUGGAGGAUUCUCCGCGAGACCUUCACGUCUUCUCUGCGACUAGACAACAGUGCACUGUUAAUCCUUGUAACAUUAAUAAUGGUGGCUGCGACCAGUCUUGCCAUCCAAGUCACAACGGGUCCGCAGAAUGCAAGUGUGAUGAUAAUAGUAGGCUGGUGAAUGAAGAUAGAAUGUGCGUGCCAAAGAACGUUACUUGCGAUGGGAACAAGUUUGCUUGUAGGAACGGCAGAUGCAUCUCUAGAAUGUGGGCGUGCGAUGGUGAUGAUGAUUGCGGCGAUGGUUCUGAUGAAGAUACCAGUUACUGCUCUUAUCAUUCGUGCAGCCCGAAUGAAUUUCGUUGCAAUAAUGGCCGAUGUAUUUUCAAGACGUGGAAAUGCGAUCACGAAAACGAUUGUCGAGACGGUAGUGAUGAGGAAGGCUGCGUUUACCCCCCGUGCGCACCAGGAGAAUUUACCUGCGCCAAUCAUCGUUGCAUUCCGCAAUCUCAGGUGUGCAACGGCAUUAACGAUUGUAAAGACAAUGUUACUUCCGAUGAAACACAUGAGCGAUGUCCUCGCAACACAACUUGUCCCUUGAAUCACCUCAAGUGCGAGAAGACGAACAUUUGCGUGGAACCUUACUGGCUCUGCGACGGUGAUAACGAUUGCGGUGAUAAUAGUGAUGAAAAUCCGAUUCAUUGUGCUCAGAGAACUUGUCCUCAAAACAGCUUUCGAUGUCCUAACCACAGGUGCAUUCCAGCCACUUGGUACUGUGACGGAGACGAUGACUGUCUAGAUGGAAGCGAUGAACCUCCUGGUUAUUGUCAAUCCGAAGGUAGAACAUGUUUCGGUGAUCUAUUCACGUGUGAUAAUGGCAACUGCAUUCCUAGAAUUUACAUCUGUGAUGGUGACAACGAUUGUCUAGAUAAUUCUGAUGAAGACGAGCGUCAUCAGUGCAACGACAGAAAAUGCGAUGAAGAAACCGAAUUCACGUGCACCGCGAACAAAAUGUGGAAUCGUGCGCAAUGCAUUCCCAAGAAAUGGCUGUGUGACGGAGAUCCAGAUUGCGUUGAUGGGGCCGAUGAGAAUGUAACUUUGCAUCACUGUCCAGCGCCAACUCCUUGCGCUGAUAAUCAAUUUACAUGCAACAACGGACGAUGUCUGAAUCGUAGCUGGCUAUGCGAUCACGAUAACGAUUGCGGCGACGGUAGCGAUGAGGGCAAAUUCUGUAACAGCCAGUACAAAUCUUGCAGCUCCCAAGAGUUUACUUGUCAGAACUUUAAAUGUAUACGUAAGCAGUUCCGCUGCGAUGGCCAGGACGAUUGUGGCGAUCAUUCGGACGAAGUAGGAUGUCCGUCCAGAGGAAAGAAUACAACAUGUCCGAAUCCAAAGGACUUUAUGUGCACUAAUGGCAACUGCAUUGACUCGUGGCUAGUGUGCAACAAGGAACCGGACUGCGCCGACGAGAGCGACGAACCGCCGCACUGUAACGUGGACGAGUGCGCCCGCGUUGAGUUGAAUCAGUGCGGGCAUAAAUGCGUGGAUACGCCAACUAGCUUUUACUGCGAGUGUAACCCCGGCUACAAGCUGUUGGCCGAUGGCAAGGCCUGCGACGACAUUGACGAGUGUAUCGAGACGCCUCAGGUGUGCAGCCAACAAUGCGAGAACACGCCCGGCGGUUACUAUUGCAAGUGCAACGAGCGCUGGUACGAGAGGGCAGCUGACGAGCAUACAUGCAAACGAAGAGACAAUAUUCAGCCAUGGAUCAUAUUCACGAAUAAGUAUUACGUUAGGAACAUGUCAAUUGACGCGUCCAAUUAUAGCCUAAUGCAUCAGGAUCUGAUCAAUGUUGUUGCGCUUGACGCGGAUUACGGUCAGCAGAUGCUGUACUUCUGCGAUGUUACUGCGAAAACAAUAUACAGAGCACCGGUGAAUGGCGGCGAGAGGGAACCAAUUAUUCGUCACGACAGUCUGGGUCUCGAGGGUAUUGCUAUCGAUUGGGUUGGUCGGAAAUUAUAUUGGUUGGAUCGUCACGCAAAGCACUUGGACGUUGCCGAACUUGAUGGCACAAACAGAAAAACAUUGCAGAGUGGAAUAGCGGAUCCACGUGCGAUCGCAGUUCAUCCCGGUGCCGGAUAUUUGUACUUCACAUCUUGGCAUCUUCAGGCAUACAUCGGUAAAAUGGGCAUGGACGGUAGCAACUUCACUCGAAUUCUGACAUGGGAAGAUGACAUUGCCUGGCCGAAUGCCCUAACAAUCGAUUAUUUCACCGAUCGCAUCUUCUGGGCUGACGCCCAUCUAGAUUACAUUGCCUUCGCUGAUCUCGAAGGCCACAAUCGUCGGAUUGUCCUGUCUGGUGCCGCGGUACCACAUGUGUUUGCCAUGACCGUGUUCGAUGACUUCAUUUACUGGACUGAUUGGAAUUUGAAAGCGAUCAGCAGAGCAGAAAAGUUCUCUGGCGCACGCCUACAGGUACUGCGCAACACCACCCAUCGGCCCUACGAUAUCCACGCCUACCAUCCACUUCGGCAGUUGCCCUACAAUAAUCCUUGCGCGGAGAAUAAUGGCGGUUGUUCGCAUCUCUGCCUCAUUGCACCGCCCGCUAGCUCAUACCUACUUGAAGGAUACGGCCAGCCUGGAGUCACUUCGUACAAAUGCAAGUGUCCGAAUCAGUUCAUUCUAGACAAAGACGGUAAAACGUGCGUAGCAAACUGCACUGCGGGUCAACAUCGUUGCGGACCACCCGAUGAGAAAUGCAUCCCUUGGUAUUGGAGAUGUGACGGAGAAAAAGAUUGCAAGGACGGUUCUGAUGAAUCAUCGAGUUGCCCUACCAGGAUUUGUCGACCAAGCGUGUUCCAAUGUGCAAAUGGAAAUUGCACGCCGAGCGUGACAAUCUGCGACGGAAUUGACGAUUGCGGUGACAGAAGCGACGAAGCUAAAUGCGCGCUCGAAUGUGGGGAGCUCGAGUUCAAAUGCAAAUCCAAUGGUCGCUGCGUGCACGACUCCUGGAAAUGUGAUGGAGACGCCGACUGUAAAGACGGCAGUGAUGAAGACCCAUCCAUUUGUCAUAACCGUGCUUGCGAUUCGAGCACCGAGUUUAGCUGCAAGAAUGGCAAGUGUAUUCCUAAAUUGUGGAUGUGCGAUUCUGAUAACGAUUGCGGCGACGAUAGUGAUGAGCCGGCGUACAUGUGUCGGCAAAAGAACUGCACGACAGGGUGGCAGCGGUGUCCAGGACACGCAAACUACCGAUGCAUACCAAAAUGGUUGUUCUGUGAUGGCAAAGACGAUUGCCGGGACGGUUCCGAUGAGCGCCCGGAGAACUGUCCGAAGUGCGACCCCAAAAUGGACUUUAAAUGCGCCAACAAUCGAUGCGUGCCGAAACAGUGGCUGUGCGAUUUCGCCGACGAUUGCGGGGAUGGUAGCGACGAAGCAGAUGCGAUGUGUAAGGACAAGUAUCGUCAGUGCUCCGAGUCCGAGUUCAAGUGUAGAAAUGGUAAGUGCAUCGCAUCUAGAUGGAGAUGCGACAACGAAGACGAUUGCGGCGACAAUAGUGACGAGGAGCAAUGUCAUCAAUGGGUGUGUAAGAAUGACAGCUUCCAAUGUGCCAGUGGUCAUUGUAUUGCAUCAUAUCUUCGUUGCGACGGAGCACGAGAUUGUCGUGAUAUGAGUGACGAGAUCAAUUGCCCACCGAGAUAUCCCGGGGGAAGAUACUGUCCGCAGUCGCGAUUCCAAUGUAACAACAACCUUUGCGUCUCAUUGAACGACAUUUGCGAUGGCACCGACGAUUGCGGUGACAAUUCCGAUGAGAGUCCUACCAUGUGUGCGAACUUCCAGUGUGAUACACAUAGACGGUUCCAGUGCGCCAACCAUAAGUGUAUUGCUAGGUACCAGUUAUGCGAUGGGAUUGACAACUGCGGCGACGGCUCUGAUGAGAACAACAUGACAAUGUGUGUGAAGCAGAUUCGUCCGUGCGAUCCAAUUACAGAAUACACUUGCGCGAACAAGAAGUGCAUCGAUCAUCUGAAACUCUGCGAUCUCGCAGAUGAUUGCGGAGAUCAAUCGGACGAAUUGGGAUGCCAUCACAGUCAUCACUGUACGGACACUGACCAUGGCGGUUGCGCGCACGAGUGCCACAAUCUUAUGGACGGCGGUUAUAUAUGCGCCUGUUAUCCGGGUUACAUAAUCUCGCAGGAUAAUCGGAAGCACUGUGUGGAUGUUGACGAAUGCCAGACCGGUAGCCAUCAAUGUUCUCACAUUUGCACGAAUCUGAACGGCACGUAUGCCUGCUCUUGUCGGCAAGGGUUCCAACUGUCAGACAGGCACAGUGGCGUAUGUCGUGCUGAGGAUGAUAAUGUUGUUGUGUUGUUCGCUAACGGACCAGAACUCCGAGCCUACGAUCUGCGCACCAAAGAAGAAAUCGAUGUAAUCGACGACGAGAAGAGGGUACAGGCUAUUGAUUUUGAUCCCAGGACGGAAUACGUUUUCUGGAUUGAUUCAUAUGAUAACACCAUUAAACGAUCCUACAUGGUGAAUGCCAAAGAAGGCGAAGCGAAAAUUGGACACGCGCAGGACCUCAAUAUGAAGACUGACUCCAGACCAACGAGCUUAGCCCUUGAUUGGAUCUCCGGUAAUUUGUACUGGAGCGAAAUAGAUCAAUCGGGAACCACUCCUCGCGGUCAAAUUAUGGUAUCUAAAUCGGACGGCAGGUAUCGACGUAGUAUAAUUACAACGAAUCUAGAGCAACCAACAGCAGUGGUCGUGGAUCCCGAAAAAGGAGAGAUUGUAUGGGCCGACUCAGGUAAUCAACCAAAGAUCGAAAUUGCCUGGAUGGACGGAGCUAGACGCAAAUUACUCGUGACCGAAAGGAUUGCCAGUCCUUCGUCACUCAGUAUCGACUACGCUAUGGAGCACACACUUUACUGGUCCGAUAGCAAGCUGGAUACCAUUGAAGCAAUCAGUUUGACCGGUACCAAUAGAAGAAUUGUAUUGAAGGGCAGACCUCUCAGAAAUCCAAUAGCGCUGGAUGUUUUUGAGAACAACCUUUAUUGGACCACCAAGCAAACAGGUGAACUCAUUCGACAGGACAAAUUUGGUAGGGGAGUUCCGCAAACUAUCGUCAAGAAUCUCCCUAGUCCCGGAGGUGUCAGAGUCUAUCAUCAGCUGAGAUACAACACCAGCCUGAGAGAUCCAUGUCACAGCGAUCAGUGCACUCACCUGUGCGUAACAAUUCCUGGCGGUCAUCGCUGCCUUUGCUCAGACAACGUUGGCGCGUUUCAGCGUAUGAUGAAGGACGACAACGAGAGACAUUGCGACGCCACAAAUGAGAGGCCUUUGCCGGCGCCUAGGAUAUGUCGCUGCCAGAACGGUGGACGGUGUCAAGAAUUGGACGACAAGCUGGCAUGUAACUGUCGCGAAGAUUUCCAUGGUGAAUUCUGUGAAACGGCGGCUGUCGCCGCUCGAGCAGGUGGAUCUACCGCUGCUAUAGUUAUUCCCAUAGUAAUAUGCCUGCUGGUGUUGUUCUGCGCUGCCGCAAUCUUUAUGGUUCUCAAAAAGCGACCAUUUGGCAAGCCUGGUGGCCUUGGUAGUCUCACAGGCACUCAAAGUGUUUCCUUCCGCCAAGGUAGCAAUGUGGAGUUUGGUGCGGAAGCUCACGAAAGAAUGGAACCUCUCGAUGUGGAGUAUAACUUGAACGAUGUUACCAAUAAGAACCGAGACUUCAGUAAUCCAAUGUACGAUGCAGUAAAUAUGGAAAGCGGCGCUACGAAUGGCACUGGCGCUGGCAGUGUGUACGAAAUGCCAGCGGAGAUGAAACCGUCGAGCAUACAGCACAAAGAGCCUCCGCAGCUACAUCUAAAGAGGAGAGAAUUAGAUCCGACGCCCAUCGACUCGGGGAAAGAUACUCAACAACUGGUCGAAGAAGACAAGUCCGAAUGUUAGGGCCAUGAUUCCUGUUAUAGGAAUUUUUUCUAGAUCAUUUGUGUUUUGAACUUGAAAUGCAGGAUGGAGACAUUCCAUCAGUUUCUGCAAAGAACGUAUAGGGACAAAAACACAAAUUAGUUUACCAGUUUUACGUAAACAGUGCGAAUCACUUCGUAACUGUGCUCGUGUACGUUUAUUUAUUAAGCUAUUCAUCGAAAUAUUUUUAACAUGUGACGAUUGAUUCAAGAUCCUGUCAUAACUCGGAUAGCAAUCCGUGAAUAUGAGAAUAUCGGGAUCUCUGGAUUUCUAAGAAGGAGAGGAUAUCAGAUUUAUAAAUUGUUAUAAAAAGAAAAAGAGAUUUAUAUGCGCGAAUUUAUAAAGAAGUUUUGACGGUGAAUCUCCAGAUUUUAAUUACACCAUUAGAUUCAAAAAAUGUCUAAAUUUCUUCUUUUUCUCUUUUUCAUUUUAUAUGAAAGAAAAUAUAACGAUAUUCCUCCAGACGUUUGGAUGAAAGAAAUGUCAUGUAAUAGUCAUAAGUCUAUAACUUUCUUAUACAUCUGAGAAUCUCAACGUAUUUAGGUUUUCAAUUUUCAGCGUCCUCAGACUUAUGAGAAUUCCUGACCACAAAUUCUCAUAAAUCUCCAGAUCCUUUCAACCAGGAAUUGUGAACUGGUUUUAGGAUCUCGAAAUUUCAGAGAGAGUAUAAAAUGGUCGUCAGAUGAAUCGCUGAUCGUCAGUUGUAUCAAUUAUUUCGCCAGAAGAGAGUAGGAUGACAGCGAAUUGCAAUAGGCACGACUGUGUCAUUUUUUACUAGGUGUGUGAUUUGUAAGUCUUGUAAAUAUAAUUGCUAACAAAAUAUAAUGUUCAUGUUAUCUGUGUACCAUAAAAAACGCAACACAUUCCAUUCUUUCUCAAGGUUGCUGCUUGAGGUGUAAGAACUCAAUACACAAAAUGUAUAUAGUGUAGCAUAAGCAUAACAUAAGACCAUUAAACCUGUGAGCAUCCAGCAUAAAGUCGCCAUAUUGAUUUACUUAAGAUGUCCAUUAAUCCAGCGGUUUUAUGCCAUGCUUAUGUUAUAUGUACUACGCAUUUUGUGUAUUACAGCUCUAACAAUAAUAGCGUGACACUUUCAAUAGCUAGAAUGUGUAUGUAUAUGUGUGUGUAUGCGUGCACGUGCGCGUAGUGCUCGAAUUGUUACAUUAAAUUUUUAAGUAAUCUUUUUUUUAGUAGAAUACUCGUCCUACAUCUGUUUUUUUAAUUUUAUAAUUUUAAUUUUUUUUUAAUUUGUAACAAUGCAGUAAAAUUAUACUAUAAAAAAAUAAUUAUUUUAUUCAACAAUUUAUAUUUAAAACGUUUGAAAGUUUAAUAAAACUUAUAAAAUUUGAUGAUGAUAAGCAUGUUUUUACUGCUUCUAUUUACUGAUGUACAAUUGGAGCACUUAGUGUACGCGUGAAAUUUAAUCUCAACUACGGCGGGAUCAAGUUUGACUUCGAUAAAGAUCUAUAAAGCUCAAAGAUAUUGACCAAUACUUUAUUAUUUAGUUUAAUUGAACAUUUUGACAAUAUAAUUUUUCUUUACGUAUUAUUUAUAAAAUAAUGAGAGCUCUAAUAUUAUCUCUAACAGCCAAUGACUCUAUGAAAGUUUAAUGGCGAACUAUGUUCUCGGAGUUGAAAUUGAUUUUGUUAAACUAUGGUAGUUGAGCAUAAAUGAGCACGUACGUCCGUUAAAAAAGCGGUAUUCUUAGCGGAAUAUUUUUGUAAGGCGUGGCGUUAUAUAGUUUUUUAUGUUGAAAAGUGGCCUUUUCCUUGUUACGAUGAGUAAAGUGUGUGCGAACUCGAGAAGCGAGAUAGACGUUUCACGCAUAAGCGUUAUUAAAUAUGUUAUUCUUCUCUAUUAUCAAACACAAUUUCGAUUUUAACGACAGAAAGAAACGUCUUCUGCGCUGCCAACAUUUUGUGCUUUCGGAACUUUUGUCCAACCGACAUCAUUGUAAAUUUUUCUAGAUUAUGUGAGGUACUUCUCCUGCAAAAGAUGGCUGAAUUAAAAGGAAUUUUAACGACGACAAUUCGUUCUUGAGAUCAAUUUCUUAAACUUCAAAAGUCGGAGAUUUAUUUUCAAAGUUUUGAAUAUCUUCCCGUUUUUUCUUCCCAUUUCCAACCGUUUUGUUUCUUAACUAUGUCAUUUUUUUAUAAAAAUGGCAAAUCCAACAAAACAAAAUCAAAAUAAUUUUUAUGUAUUUUAAUUUGCAUUAAAAUGUUUAGUAUUAAAAAAAUUUAUUGUAUGUAAUUGCUAGUCAAUUAUAACCAAGUUUACUUCUCAUCCAAACGAUCAAUAUAGAUCGAGUGUCAGCUAAUUCCUUUUAAUACAUAUAAUUUUUGCAGGGUCAGUAAGCGUAAUUCUUCUUCCGUCACAAACUAUGAUUGCAAUGUAAUAAUUACAUAAUUUAUUAUUGUAUUCUAACAAUUCAUUCAGUGCAAUUUUCAAAUGCUACGAGAGAAAUAAAUUUGUUGAAUUCAAUUUUUAGCACACUUUAGAUUAUUUUAUCUCGUAACAUUGCAUAUUUAAAAUAAAGUUUUCUUUAAUUUUAUAAAUAUUAAAUAAUUUAAACAUAAUUUCGAAGAAGAAACGCUCUCGUAAAUAAUCAAUCUAGAAAACAGGAGUAUUUAAUUUAUACCUAAAGAGAUUAUAAAUUAAACAUGAGAGAGAUAAACGUUAAGUACGUUGUAUAUACACGAUUUCGCGAGAACAAAGGGAGGAGAAUUAUCAACGCUGACCCAUCCUCCACACAGAUUAUUAUACAUAAAAGAAUAUAUAAAUAAAUAAAUAUAUAUAUAUUUUUUGUUGCAAUCGACUUUGACCUGGGCAGGACUCCAGAGUGUCCUAAUAUUAUGAUAUAUCAGUAUUUUGUGUAUUUUUUUAUCAGUUGACAAAAUAACAAUUGUUAAUAUAUUGUGCAAAAAUAUCAAAUAGAUACCGUCCAAGAAUAAACUAUAAAGUUGACAAUCC